CAUCUAUUAAUCAUAUCAUUUCCAUAAGUGUGCACUUUUAGAAUAAAUUAUAUUUUAUUUUACAGGUAAUUUUUGCCAGAAACAUUUUGUAUAAAAUUAGAGCUUCUCAAAAGAUGUAUCUACACUUUUCAAAUAAAAAAUGAUCCUUCAAUCUAUCCCACCCAAAUGGAGUUAGAUCUAAUUUUAUAUUAUAUUUAUACCAUCAUAAGUUAAUAUCAAACUCAAAACUGAAACUCCUGUUAAAAGCCAUGGCAGCUAAUUUUGGGGUAAUUUACAUCUUAUUAGCAUGAAGGUUGUUUAAAACAGUAAUCCUCUAUAAUUGACUUAUUGACUAACCUCUGUUUUUGUAUUUAGUAUAUAUUUGAGACUAUGUAUUGAAUUGGUGGAAACAAAAUUAUUAAAAUGUGAUUAAAGUAAGUAAGCUUAAGGUUUAUUUAAGAUAUAAAGAUUGCUCAUCUUCGACAAAAUAGAAGAAUUAAAAUUAUGAUCACUUAGAAUGAUUCAAAUUAUUUCUAAUAUAGAAUGUAAGUUGGUGUCUAGGAAAAUAAAACAUAUGAUCACAUCCAGCUUUUCUUUGAAAGUCAAAUUUCCUUGCAUAUGGAUUAACGAAUUAACGUUAAUAACUAAAAUGAACCCAGUUACAUGAUAAACUAUGCAUGAUCCUGAAUUGUGACUGUAUUUUUUAGACCCAGAGAUUAAAUAUUUUAAAAUCACUAACAAUCUAUUUCUUCUCCAGUUAACUUCCUAAAUGGCUUCUAUAAACUUUGAAACAGGAAAAUGUAUUAUCUGCCAAGAUGAUUUUAAAGACAGUAACAGCAAUGUUGUCAAGCCAACUGUGGGACAAGCAAGAGGUGUUGCAACCUUGCUUAGAAUAAGCAAAAUGAAAGAUGAUGAAGUUUAUCAACAUAUGAAAGUAGCCAAACUUGAAAACGCACCUAUUCUAUAUCACAUGAACAAUGCUUGCUACAGAGUAUACACCCAAAAACGGCAUACUGAAGAAACCAUUGAAGGAAUGGUUGGAAACACACCUCAUUCCUCAACAGCACAACCCAAACAAAUGAAAUGUUCCCUUCCACAAAGGAAUGAAGAAACUGAAACUGAUACUGAAAAAACCAUUGAAGGAAUGGUUGGAAACACACCUCAUUCCUCAACAGAACAACCCAAACAAAUGAAAUGUUCCCUUCCACAAAGGAAUGAAGAAACUGAAACUGAUACUGAAAAAACCAUUGAAGGAAUGGUUCGAAACACACCUCAUUCCUCAACAGAACAACCCAAACAAAUGAAAUGUUCCCUUCCACAAAGGAAUGAAGAAACUGAAGAAACUGAAACUGAUACUGAAGAAACCAUUGAAGGAAUGGUUGGAAAUACACCUCAUUCGUCAACAGCACAACCCAAACAAAUGAAAUGUUCCCUACCACAAAGGCCCUCUGUUGAAGCUGUUGAUGUACCUAAAUACCAGAAUGUUUGUAUAUAUUGUAAUCAGGUCACAAAAAACAAAACAUAUGAAAAAUCCCGAAUUUCUGAAGAGAAGAAAGCUACCGAGUUUCUUGUACAAACCCAACACUUACAGGAUGAAGUGUAUACCAGCACCUGUCACCUCACUGAUGUGAAAGGAGUGAUUGAAGCUGAUCUCUUAUACCAUAACUAUUGUUACAAACAAUACAGCCAUAAAUACCAGAAAAGUACUGAUUCAAAUUCUAUUCAUGAUAAAUCAAAUAUGUAUGAUGUAUUUAAUGAUGUCAUCAAUGAAAUUCAACAAGACUUGAAUACAGGAAAAGUCUUCUCUGUAUCAGAGAUUUACAAAGAGAUCGGUGACCGCCUUCGACGUAGCCCUGUUAAAGGGCAACUUGUCACCAAAUAUUUGCGUAAGCGAUUUGGUGAAGAUGUCACAUUUAUAAAGCACAGCAAGAGGCAGUCUCAGGAUUUUCUUCUGGCAAGCAAGAUAGAUGCUGUAAAAUUGGUAAUUAAUCAUUUAUAAUUUAAAAGUACUUAUUCAGUGUGUCAAAUAAGUCCCGCCCCCCCCCUCUACAGCCAAGACCUUAAUAGAUGGUAC